AUGAUACUCUCUCUUUCUCUCUCUUUCUCUCUCUCUCUCUUUCUCUCUCUCUCUCUCACUGCGACUCCACGGUUGGCUGCAUAUUCCUCCCCCUCUUCCUCCUCCUCCUCUUCCUCCUCCUCUUUUUCUUUUUCUUUUUCUUCUUCUUCUUCUUCUUCUUCUUCUUCUUAUUAUUAUUAUUAUUAUUAUUAUUAUUAUUAUUCCAACGAAACUUUUGGCUUCGCUUUGUCUUUCUUCUUUUCCUUCUUUCAUUCUUUCUUUCUUUCAUUCUUUCAUUCUUUCUUUCUUUCAUUCUUUCAUUCUUUCUUUCUUUCUAACUUCCUUUCUUUCUUUUCUUUACAUUCUUUAAUUUGUUCAUUGUAUUUUUUCAUGUCUUUCUUUCUUUCUUUCUUUCUUUCUUUCUUUCUUUCUUUCUUUCUUUCAGUGAUCCCCGUAAUCAUCUUUAAUCUUAUUUUCUUUCCUAUUUAUGCUCGUCUUUUUUUAUCUCUCUUCUUCGUCUCUUCAUUUCGAAUUAUUGUUUUCUUUCUAUUUUUUUUCUUUUGUCAAUUUUCGAUGUAA